AUGGAGAACGAGAAACCAUGUUCAAGAGUCCGCCCUCGCAGCCCUUCAGACGAGGAUAACGAGUCCAGAGAUCCUAAAAUUCCGAGACUAACACCCAAGCGCGAUCCAGCCCUCUUGUACUACCGCCAGUCAGCUUUGUGCGAGGAACCUCUGUGCAUCGACGCAGUCAAAAAGAUAAUGGUUCUGGGAGAUUCAUACAGUGCUAACACCCGUGAUAGCUGGGUUGGCUUUCUCGUUGAAAGAAUUCCUUCUGCAUCAAGACCCUCGGUAGAUAACUUUGCGCGUCCGGGUGCUACAGCGGAACACGACCUCGACACUCAAGUCAAGCGUCUAUUCGGGAAGACACCAUCGGCCAGUUCGGUUGAUGGAGAAUCCCUCAUUGUGGCUUGGUUUGGUAUAAAUGACUGCGGAACCACGGACGAUGCAGAUGACCUGGAACAGAUAGUCGAGCGGAUAUUUGACGCGUUACAUGACCUGUACGUCAAGUGGAAAGGAAAGAAUUUCCUACUCAUCGAUGUUCCUCCGAUGCAUCGUUCACCCGGCGGCGUUGACGUGGGUAUGGACGACGAGCGGUACAUUGCCUGGAACGAAGCCUUCCUCUCACAGGCCAAGGAAUUCGCAGAGACUGCAGCGAACGCGUCUACGUAUGUGGUAUCAGCGUACCGCAUAAUUGGGGACAUCCUCGAUAAUCCCGAGGCGCAUGGCCUACUACAAGACACGAUAGAGUCUUUAAGUGAGUACGAUAGUGAUGCGUCGGAAGAAGAAGAGAAGAGUGAGGACGAGGGAGACGAUGAAUCAAACCCUGGGAGUAGCGCUGGGAGGAAAGAGAAGGACGGGAAGGUAGCCAUGUGA